AUGCAGGCCGCGCAGGGCGACGUGGGUGCGCAAGGGGUGCGCGGGGACGCGCCUGCGCCGGACCAGCUGCUGCCGGAGCAGGUGACCACGGAGGUCGUGCAGCGCUACCUCGAGGAGAACGAGCUCCUGAUCAAGGCGAUUGUGGACCACCAGAACCAAGGGCGGCUGGACGAGUGCACGCAGUACCAGGCGAAGCUGCAGCGAAAUCUGCUGUUCCUGGCCGGCAUCGCGGACGCGCAGGUGUCGGCCCAGGCGACGAUGCCGCGCGGCGCGGCGGGCGACGGCGGUGCGGCGCAGCAGCCACAAUGA